GCAAAUCCCUUCACCCCUCACAAUACUAUCAGCUAUAGCUUGUAGCUCGUCACUGUAAUCGCUACCAUAAUUUACAAAAGCUAUUAGGGUUUGAGAAAUGGCUUCAAAAAACACAGCGUCACUUGCUCUCUUUUUCGCCUUCAACAUUCUCUUUUUUCCCCCGGUCUCUGCAUGUAACGGUGGCUGCCCAUCUCCUAGGCCAAGACCAUACCCAAACCCUUUCCCAAACCCAAACCCAAACCCAAACCCAAACCCAAAUCCAAACCCAAACCCAAACCCAAACCCAUCACCUUCCAAUGGAAAAUGCCCUAGGGAUGCACUUAAACUAGGCAUAUGUGCCAGAGUUCUGGGUGAUUUGCUCAAUAUCACAAUUGGCAAGCCUCCAGUAGAACCUUGCUGCUCUCUCAUCGAAGGACUUGUUGAUCUUGAGGCUGCUAUUUGCCUUUGCACAGUCAUCAAAGCUGAAAUCUUGGGCAUCAACAUUAACAUUCCACUCUCGCUGAGUUUGCUUCUCAAUGUCUGUGGCAAGAAGGUUCCAUCUGAUUUCCAGUGCGCCUAGAAACUUAAAUUUCUAAUUUUCUGUGGAGCUAGUUUAAUUCUGUUGGUUGUUUGAAAUAUGUAUUUGUGAUUUUAAUCGAAUUGUAAACUUUUGUUCGUUUGGUGUGUUAGCUAAUAAGGGAAAAUUAUACUUUCCCUUAAUAAUAUUUAAGCAUUUUUAUGGGAAACUAAUGAAAUUUGAUUUCUUUUUCUAUUUUAAUAAAAUUAAUCUUUAAAAUUCA